AUGUAUGUCGUCAAACAACAACUUACCACAGAAUUUAAUGCAUAUAUAAAAAGAUUAACUGCUGAUCUUACAACACAGGAUGCUACAUUUGUUGUCGAGGGACAAAAAAUUCUGACAAUGGUAAAUACUGUAAUUGAAAUGGUUAAUGAAAUCACCACCAAUUAUGAAUCCCUUCAUGACCAGUUGGACCAAAUAACUGAGACGGGUUCUGUGGCACCAUUAAUAUCUGAACAAUUUGCUGGCCCAUCCGUAUCUACAUCCAAAUUUUCUCAAAGAUCUUCUGGUUCUUCUCUGGGUUCUUCUAGUGGCUCAAGUCAAUUAUCUUUUUCCGAUAUUACCUCAACAACAAGAAACCACUUUAAAAUUCUUUUUGAUAAGAUUAUGAUAGACAAUAAUUAUUCUUUAGACGAUAUGUGUAAUAUGGUGUCUGUUGAGAUUAGUAGUCUUGGGAUAAAAAAGAUUAGUAAGGAAACUAUAAAAAAUUUUUAUUAUAAUAAUGGUGAUUUUAGAGCUGAUAACUGA